UAGUAAAUGAACAUCGAACUACAAACAUAUAUUUUAAAAAAAUAUAUAUUUUAUUUAUUAUCAAGUGGAGAUUAUUUAUUUAAUAAGAAAGUAUUUUACUUUUUUCCAGUAAAAUAAAUGUUGAUAGGUGUUAUCAUUAGAUAGUACUUUUGCCAUUAUCAGUUAAGAAUUUUCAGUGUGAUAUGAAACGUGUGAAAGAACAGAUGUACAUUUUUCGUGAAUUUAAAAAUGUGGGUGAAAAGGAUUUUAUUGCUGUGCAUAAUUAGUUUUAUAAGUUUAAUAUUAUGUAGUUCUCUUCUAAUAUCUGGAUAUGAGAUACAGGAAAAACUCUAUGAUAAACCAGAAUUGGAAGAAGUCCGUGCGACAGUAUCAGCAAAUAAACAAAAUUUCAAAAAAGGAGAGGAGGUUGUUGUAACAUGCAGGUGCAAUGGGUCCUCUCAUAUUACAGUUGACUGGGGGUAUAUGAAUAAAAAGGGAAAAAUUACUAAUGGAACUAAGGUCCUUACAAGUGAAUCAAUCCAUCGAAUAUCUGACACGGAAACAGAAUUUGAAGCUCAUUACAAAAUUCUGGAGUCAUCGAUAAUCAUUUGUGAAUGCCAAGGUAUUAAGGACUACGCUACUUCCAUAGUAAGCGUCUACGUCACUGAACUUAAUGAUCCUGUAGAGAUCUUUGCUCCUAUCGAUCAGCCAUUGGAACAAGAAAGCUUCGAAAUGAUUUGUGCUGCGGAUUCGGCAAACUUUAGCGAGACAGCUUGGUACAAAGAUAAUGUUCUACUGGAGGCAGAUAAUACGAAAACUGUGUAUACCAACUUAUCAAACAAUUCAGUGAUGAGAGUUUUAAAAUUCAAUUGGAUUACAAAGAAUGACACAGGGAUGUACGAGUGCCAAGCACUAGAAAAAUCGCCAUUCUUUAGUGAUUCCGAUGAAGUUAAGAUGGUUAAUAUCCAGAGAGUAGUUAAGUAUAUUGACGUAGGGGAACGUCCUCCUGAAAAUAUCAACGAAGAAGUAUUUGAAAAUUUUAAUACAAAAAGUGUGGAAAUAUUUGCAAACUCCCCAAGGUUCAUUGCACAAUUUGAAGAAGACAUCAAAAAAAUCGUUGAAAAGUCGCAUUUUGAUAUCAUAAUAGCGUGCAUCAUAUUAGGAAUCGUAAUCGUGUGCAUAACAAUAGCUAUAGCUUAUUGUCUGAAGAUUAGACAACAAAAACGCAAUCAAGAUAAAAUUUACGAAAUGCAAGUUCUAAAGAACAACGAAAGAACGCAAUCGUUUGCAGAGCAAGGAACAGCAGAUCCUUCAUAUCGGCCUCUUAUCUCUCCAACACCAGAUAUAAUUCAGAUUCAUCAAAAUCCCUUUUCCAAAAACAAAUCUGAGGAAAAUACACUCCUUGCCAAUUUCAUAUCUGCCCAGAGAUCCGCUCCUAUUGAACGAUUCCCAGUGAUACCCGAACAAUCUGCUCUGGAAAUGCCAAGAAGUCGAACUGGUAUAUAUGAAACCGAUCAAGACCCUACAUCAUCGCCUUUAAUUCGGCUUAGCCAAAUCCUAGAUCAAGCAGUGGAAAUGGGAAAUCAAGAGACUACCGAAGAAGAGUACAUCCCAAUUCGAAAAGUCAUACUACCCCGAUCCCUAUCGUACAUCCGAAGAUCAGCUGAGAUUUUAAAGAAACGCGCACGAAGCUUUCAUCUUCAGGGUGAAGUUCUCGAUGAAUUCAUGGCAAUUUGCCAGGAAUACGAAUUCCCCGCAACAAGUCUGAAAUUUACCAAAAAUCUAGGCGUUGGAGCAUUUGGUAUUGUACGACAUGCAUUCGCAUAUGGACUUGUUCCGAAUGAGGAGAAAACUGAAGUUGCAGUGAAGAGUAUCAAAAACAAUCACAAGCACGGGAAGGAUGCUCUUCUGUCCGAAAUCAAGAUAAUGGUUCACAUUGGUCAGCAUCUCAAUGUGGUCAAUCUCAUGGGAAUAGUUACAGAAAACAUUUCUAAAGGAGACUUUAUGAUUAUGGUGGAAUAUUGCUCACGUGGAAACAUCCGUGAAUUCCUUAAAAAUAACAGGCACAAUUUUGUGAAUGAAAUCAAUCCAGAAACUGGCUCUAUUGAUUCUGCAUCUCACCAUAUUGUUUUAAGGGAACAAAGAACCCUUACAACGUCCCAUCUCCUCAGUUGGUCUUUCCAAGUUGCAAGAGGAAUGGAUUUUCUAUCAUCAAAGAGAGUUAUUCACGGAGAUUUGGCUGCAAGAAAUAUUCUUCUCUGUCACGAUAAUUUUGUGAAAAUUUGCGAUUUUGGUCUUGCUCGAUUUAAGCAAGAAAGCAAUUACUACAGGAAGAGAACCAGUGGACUUAUACCCGUGAAAUGGAUUGCCCUGGAAUCCUUCAAUGCUAACAUAUUUAGCACAUAUUCCGAUGUUUGGUCCUUUGGCGUCGUUCUCUGGGAACUCUUCUCUCUUGGGGAAGAACCCUACCCAGAAACUGAAUUAAGCCAAGUUUAUACGAAAUUGCUUGAAGGAUAUCGUAUGCAAAAACCAAGAUAUGCAACUGAAGAUUUGUAUCAGAUCAUGAUAAGAUGCUGGAUGGAAAAUAUAAAAGCUAGACCAUCAUUUGCAGAAUUGGAAACUAUACUCGGAAAAAUGCUGAAUUUGAGGAUUCGGGACUACGUUGUAUCUUCCAAUGAACCGUAUUUGAUAAUGAACAGAGAAGUUGAGAAGUAUCAGCAGAAUACAAACUAUGUUGAAUUGAUAUGCGAUGCUUCCCAAAAUUACCAGAAUUUGUAAAUUCUAGUAAGAUUUAUUUUUAACGUACAAUAUAUGUAUUCUUUAUAAUUAA